AUGUGAAGGUCUCUAAAAUGCAAGUGAUCGAUCCCUCUCUUGUUCAUCUAAUUUCUUUUGUGCAUCAUCCCAAUAUGGCCUCUAGUGGAAAGCUUGAUGUAGAAGUUCAUAUCAAGUCUUCUCCAGAUAAGUUCUGGAAUAGCAUUAGGAACUCCACAACUCUCUUCCCUAAGGUCUUUCCUGACCAAUACAAGAACAUUCAAGUACUCGAGGGCGAUGGAAAGGCUCCUGGUACUGUUCGCCUCUUCACUUAUGCUGAAGGUUCUCCGCUUGUUAAGGUAUCGAAAGAGAGGAUCGAUGUUGUUGACGAAGCAACUAAGCACGUCGCUUACAGUGUGAUUGAAGGUGACCUCCUGAAAUUCUACAAGAUCUUCAAGGGCUUCAUAUUUGUUUGUCCAAAGGAAAAUGGUGAAAGCUUGGUGAAAUGGAGCUGUGAGUAUGAGAAGGCGAGCGACGAUGUUGAAGUCCCACACGUGAUUAAGGAUUUUGUAGUAAAGAACUUCAAGGAGGUGGAUGAAUAUAUUCAGGAUCAGAAGGCUUAGAUGCGCCUAGUGCACAUUGAGUUAUAUAUACAUACUCCAGUGAAUAAUGCGGAGCAGCAGCUCUGCUUUAUAUUUUCUAUUAAUUUGCUACUCGGAUUAUGGCUUUUGUUAGUUGUUGCAACAUCAUUUGUUCUGCAUUAAUUAGUAAUUGGAUGUUAUUAUCCUCAA